AUGGUGGCGCCGUGGAGUCAUAGCCCAGGUGUUCACGUGAUCUUUCUACACAUUGGGCUGGACUCCAUGGCAAAACGAAUCCAACAACUUGCUCAGCCCAAACCCAACCGACUGCGCUUUCCUGACCGUCGCUCCGUUUACUGGCUUGAUAAGUUGCCUCCUGAAAAGAGUGGAUCCAUCACAAAAAUUGACUUAACCCCACGUUGGCAGGAGCUUUCCCGAAGUAAAAAGAUCAGCACUCAAGUCAUACUUGAUCCCGAAUGGAAAGUGAGUGAGUGGGCUCUGAAGGCGGUCCCAUCCCUGCACCUGUGCCGGCUGGCUGUUCCACGCCUCCCUGCAGCGGACUGGCGGCCAGAGCGCCCUCUGCUCGCCCCUUUGAGCAGAGCGACACAGACGGCUGUAGCCACGGCUCGGAUCUGUCGACUCGCUGAGCCCAGGAAGAAGCUCCAGGAGGCCUUCAGCUCCAGCACCAAACCUGCAGCAGUGUCCAGUGGCUCCAGCCGCUCCUCCGCUCACAUAGAGCUGCUCGCCAGUGAAUCAGCCCAGAAGGCAAAGCCCAGUCCUAGGCUGCAGGAGCUGUCAACCCCCAGAGAGAAAAAGGCUUUGUACGAAGGCUUCAACCCCUACAUCAUCAGCAGAGCAGCGCGCUCGGCCUGUCCCUCUCCACGAGUGCGACAGCUCAGCCUGCCUCUACCCCGCAAAUGUAGCUCCCAGUGA